UUGCGUAAUGUAUUAACAUGUAUGAAAGAUUGUGAAGUGUGGUUUGCCCCAACAGAUGAUAAUUUUAUGAGUUGUAUGAUGAGUAGUUAUGAUGAGUUGUGUGAUUUCCCUGACAUUAAUCAUAUUCUAGAUGAACGUGUAAAAAAUGAAGUUCAAAAUUUAGUAACCAAUUACCAACCUCAACAAAUCAAAGAAGCGCCUAUCCAAAUGAAAAUUAUAUUAAAAGAUGACAUCCCCAUAAGGUCAAGUCCACGUCGUAUAUCACUAACAGAGCAAGGUGAGGUAGAAAAGCAGAUAAAAGAAUGGUUAGACAGAGGAGUUAUUCAACAAAAGAUGAAAUAGAAGCUUUAAUAAGAUUAAAAGAAGUUUUAAAAGUAGCGUCACAAUAUGGAUUAAUAAUAAACUGGAAGAAAGCCAAUUUGAUAACAAAAAGUAUUACAUUCUUAGGACAUGAGA